GUGAAAUUACACACACUGACACACACAGCUACACCAAAAAAAGCGCGCGAACCGCCAUUGACGAUGCCGGAGCUUCCAGAGGUGGAAGCGGCUAGAAGAGCCAUUGCAGAGAACUGUAUCGGAAAGAAGAUCAUACGAUCUAUCGUUGCCGACGAUGCUAAAGUCAUCGACGGUGUUUCACGUGCCGAUUUUGAAGCAUCUCUCACCGGAAAAACAAUCGUCGGAGCUCAUCGUAAGGGGAAGAAUAUGUGGAUUGAGCUUGAUUCUCCUCCUUUUCCGUCGUUUCAGUUCGGAAUGGCGGGUGCUAUAUAUAUCAAAGGUGUCGCUGUAACCAAGUAUAAAAGGUCUGCAGUUAGCGAUACAGAUGAGUGGCCUUCCAAAUAUUCCAAGGUUUUUAUAGAACUAGAUGAUGGUUUGGAGCUAUCGUUUACUGACAAAAGGCGAUUUGCAAAAGUUCGCUUACUAAAAAAUCCGGCUACUGUGGCCCCGAUAUCUGAACUUGGUCCAGAUGCCUUAUUGGAGCCAAUGACAGAAGAUGAACUCUUUAAAGCACUGAGCAAGAAGAAGAUUGCUAUAAAGGCUCUCUUACUCGAUCAGAGCUUUAUCUCAGGUGUUGGCAAUUGGAUUGCGGAUGAAGUGCUAUAUCAGGCAAAAAUCCAUCCACUACAGAGUGCUGCCACCAUUCCCAAAGAAGGAUGUGCAGCACUGCACAAGUCCCUUAAAGAGGUUAUUCAUCAUUCGGUUGAAGUUGAUGCUGACAGCAGUCGUUUUCCUGUCGAUUGGUUGUUUCAUUCUAGAUGGGGCAAAAAACCUGGAAAAAUAAAUGCUGUUGAAGUUGGGGCUGAUAGUAGUCAGUAUCCUAGUAACUGGAUUUUCCAUUCCAGAGAAAAGAAGCCCGGGAAGGCUUUUGUUGAUGGAAAGACGAUUGACUUUAUCAAAUCUGGAGGCAGGACAACCGCAUACGUACCUGAAUUACAAAAGCUAACUGGAGACCAAGUGGUCAAAGCAGCGGUCAAACCACAGAAGAAGUCCAGCAAUAAGAACAAUGACGAAGCCGAAAGUGAGGGCGAAGAAAUUGCAAAACCGAAAGGAGGGAAGAAAACAACCAAAAGUAGAGCUAAGAAGGCUCCUGCAAAACGCAAGCCCGACACAAGUGAUGACAAUGAUGAUGACGUCGACGAUGAGAAAAAACCUGCCACGAAAAAUAAGUCAACGGGUGGUAAUAAGAAGUCAACUGCAAGAAAGAAGUCAAAGGAAAGUGAGAGCGAUGAAGAUGACGGUGAUGGUGAUGAGGAUGAAGUGAAGGGAAAAGAGGAGGUUGCUAAGAAAGUGCAGACUGGUAGGCCGACUAGGAAGAGGGCAAAAUAGUCUUUUAACUGCUUCGGUUAUCGGUUAGGGGAAAAAUGUGCAAGGGAAAAAGGAAAGUGUUGAACCCUAUUUUUUGUAACCAUUAUGUGUGUUGCUAGUUAAGGAACCUGUAACCUUGUUUUUGUAUAUCUGGCAUUGUAGCCUAGUUUUUGUACCACGAAGAAGGAUCGGCUUUUAGUUUAUCACACCAUCUGUUUGCAA